UCUUGGCACUUUUUAUCGUACAGGUUCAUCGCCAAGAACAUUAUGAGGCUGCAGCGUCUGGGGAUAACCCAUGUUCUGAAUGCAGCAGAGGGGAAGUCAUUCAUGCACGUGAACACUAACGCAGAGUUCUACGAAGGCACAGGCAUCAGAUAUCAUGGCAUUAAAGCCAAUGAUACACAAGAAUUUAACCUCAGUCGCUAUUUCGAGGAGGCAGCUGAUUUUAUUGAGAAAGCACUUUCCCAGAAGGAUGGACAAGUGUUUGUGCAUUGCCGUGAGGGCUACAGCCGUUCUCCUACACUGGUCAUCGCCUACCUAAUGCUUCGCCAGAAUAUGGAUGUCAAGUCUGCAUUGAGCACUGUCCGGCAGAAGCGAGAGAUUGGCCCCAAUGAUGGCUUUCUAAGGCAGCUUUGCCAACUCAAUGAGCAAUUAGUGAAGGAGGGCAAACUGAAGCCCUAG